AUGGGGGCGCUGGAGGUCGUGGGGUCCAUGAAGGCGCGCGCGAGAGCGCGCGGGGCGGCGCGAGAGGCGACAGAGCGGACGCGCGAGCGGGACGCGCUCGGAUCGAAGCGACGACGAUUAGCGGCGCGCGCGCGGGAGAUGGAGACUUUUAGACGAAGCGCGGUCAUCGCGCGCGCGGACGCGAGGGAACCGAACGAAGCGCUGGAGUCGCGUUGGUCGGGGGCGGGAAAAGUCGGCAUGGCUGGUUUCGACAGCGCGCCCGGUUUCGCGUCGUUCAGUUGGAUGAGCGACGAGGAGUAUGAGUACUAUGAAUCGACGCACGAACACGACGAUGCCGAGGACGAAGAGUACGAGCACGAAGAGGAUGACAGUGCGGAUAUUCAGAGCUUUGACGGUACCACCACCGCUGAAAGUGCCGCGACGCUGAAACCGAUCGAACGCGUUGAUAACGAGUCCAAGAUCUUGUACGCUGGAAUCGCCGCUGCCGCCGUCAUAAUCGGCGGAAGACGCAUCGGCGCGAUUGAAAAGCGGCAUCCGCCUCCACCGAUGGCGAAGGUGACGACGUCAACGACUUUGAAGACGGAGAAGGAGAGGAAGGUGAAGGAACGGAAGGCUGCGUUGCCGCACGCGGCUGUGGAAGGCGCCAGUGAGGCCAUCGCGAUGCCUCCGAACGUGACGCGAGGCGCGACGUUCGCUGGCGUCGCCUCGGGCGUCCUUGUAGCUGCGGCGGCGCUUGGAGUCGGCUUCUCGGGGUCGUACAGUCGUGAGGAUGAGGAACGAGCUCCGCGAGGACCUCCAGUGGACAACAGGAGCGCCCAGAGACGCCUCGAACUCUUGCGCGAAUCGAUGAUUCUUGAGUUCGAGACGGAGAUUGAAAAGCUUGGAGCGUUGAAAAAGGAGAAGAAUGACGAUCUUAAGACACUUAACGAUGAGUUCAUGCGCCGCAUGAAGGGAGUGGAGCUUGGCGCGAUGCGCCAAGAAGCGGUUCAAGGUGCAGCCGCUGGCGAACAAAGUUCACGAGAGUUGGAGCGAGUGCUCACAGAGUUGAAGGCGGAGCACGCGAAAACUCUCCAUGAGAAUGAAGCCGCGUUCGACGCGCGAGAGAAGGCGAUGCAGGAAACCAUCGUGAAACUUCAAAACGCCCUGAGCAUUGCCGAGGCGGCUCUGCAAGAGGCGAAGGAUGUCAAUGAUUCGAUGGCUAGUCGACACGAAACCGAACUUAGAGCGGCGAGAGGGUUGAUUCGUGCGGAACGGGAACUCGGAAGGAGUGAGGCGAGCAAAUAUCAAUCGUGUCUGGAUUUAGAGCGCGCGCAUGUCGCUGCGCUUCGUUCGAAUCUCGCCCUUACGAAAGUCACCUCGAGUGAGCGAUUCGCUGCUCUUCAAGAGCAGUUGAAGACGAUUUGCGAAUCCUAUUCCAAAACCAUCUUGGAGGAGAGAGCUGCGUUUGCCGAAGCGCUCGCUACGAAGGAAGCGGUCGACAACAAUUCAUCGACGGCUGAGGCUGAAUUCCGCGCGAAGAUUUCAGAGGUUCGCGCCGAAGCCGAAGCCGAGGUCAAUUCUUUGAUGGCUAAAUACGAUAGCGCUCUACGCUCAGCUGCGGGCGAGCGUCGCGCUCUCAAGGCUUUGUUGGAUUCCGAAAUGGACAAGACGGGCCCUCGUCAAACCAGCGAGUAUGUUUCAUCUCAAAUCCAAGGUGACAUAGCCGCUGCUGAAGUCUUAACUAGUAGCAAACUCAACGCUGCGAUUCUCGACGCACAAAUCGAGUUUGAGCAGCGCGUCGUCGCUCUGAAGAAGACCCAUAACGAGGAGCUUGAGCGUAUCAAAAGGAGCGCCGAUCGAGAGACGGAUGGGAAGAUUCGUGCGCUCGAGGAAGCGCAUCAAAUCUCUCUCAAAGCGACUUCCGCGUCUCACGACAAAGCUUUGACAGAAGCUCGAGCUGAAGCUGACAGAAAAGUUGCGGAGGCCGAAGAGCGUGCUCGGAGCGAGAUUGCUUCGAUGGGCACGAGCGAUUCCGCGAAAGCCGAAUUGUUAGCGAGAUUCGAGGCAGAGCGACUGGAGAUGAACGCAAGAUUAGAAAGCGAACGGAGUCAGAUGAGAGAGGAAGUGACGUCAUUGAAAGCGGACUACGACAGAAUGCUUUUAGAGGCCAUCUCACAGAUGCGAUCGGAGGCUGAGUCAGAGGCCGUCUCGGCCAUCGCAAAGUUACAGUCCGAGAAGACGGAGCUCGAGCGAGCGCUCUCGGACCGCGCAUCGGUGAGCGACGCCCAGCGCAACGAGAGAUUGAAUGCCACGCUUCGCGCUGCGCAGAUCGACUUCGAGCAGCGCGUCGUUGCAAUGAAGAAGGCGCACGUAGCGGAGUUAGAGCGCAUCAAGUCUAGUUCUGAUGGUGCUGUGCAAGCAGCUCGCGCUGAGUCUGCCCGCCAGCUUGAAGCAUCGACGCGUGAGCUCGAUGAACUCAAGGCAGAGAUGGCAAAGAGCGUUCCCGAAGCCGAAGUUUCAGCGGCAAUAGCAGAGUUACAGAAGCAACUGGCUGAUCGUGCUGUCAUCGAGAGCAAUUUGCGCGCCCAGAUAGCAUCCGUGCAACAAAGUCUGGAGAGUUUGCAGGCCAGUAGCUCUGAUACCAACGCACAGCGUGAUGCGUUGCAAGCGCAGGUAUCCCGACUGGAAUCUCAGCUUGCCGAGAUGCAGAAGUCCAAGGAUGCGUACGACACUAAGAUUAUCGAACUUAAGGCCAGCGCAAAGAGCGCACUGGACGAUGCCACUUCGCGUAAGGACGUGAAAAUUGCAGAGUUGAAGAAGGAGCUUGAACACCAGAUGUCUUUGCUUGAAGAGCAACGCUCAAUGUCUGACACUCAACUGGUUCGGGCAGUAGCGGAAUUGAGCGCAGAAUUGCAGGCUUAUGAGAGUGACAUAUCGCAACUCGACUCACAGCGUCGUCGACUCGAAACCUUGCUCUCAGAUGAGGCGUCGAAAGUGACUGAAUUGUCUAGUGUCGUUGACGAUCUUAAAUCGCAGCUGCAGAAUCGUACGACGCUUGAAGUCAACAUGCGGUCUCAGCUGGACGCCUCGAUCGCUGAGAUUGAAGCAUUGCGCAGAGCAUCUGAAGUAGACGCUGAGACCAGUAAAUUGAUGUCUGACGCGACUACUCAGCAAAUUAGUGCGCAAGCAACGAUCGACUCGCUCGAGUCAAAGCUCGCUGCCCUCCAGAAAUUGAACGGCACGUACGAGUCGGAGAUCGCGAGUCUCAGGGCGGAAGUUAGUAGCGCGCCAACUUUCGACCCGAGGGACGCUGAGAUUCGAGAAUUACAGGAGCAGCUCACGAUGCAGUCUGAUUUGCUCGAACGGCAAAAGAGAGAUUCGGAGACUCAACUUGUACGAGCCGUCGCAGAACUGACCGUUCAGCUGCAAUCAGCCAAGGAGAGAGAUAUGACUCAGCUGAAUGAAUACGUCAUCGAAAUUGAGAAACUCAAGUCAAUCCUUUCUGAGCGCGGCGCUCCCGAAAACCUUUCUGCCGUGGUUUCUGACUUGAAGAACCAGCUGGAGCAGCGCGCUGCCGUCGAGUGCGAUCUUCAGAGACAAGUCUCUACCGUGAAGGCUGAGCUUGAAGCGCUACGCAACGCGCCCAAGCCCGAACCGAUCAUCAUCGAACCGACAGACAAGCUGAAUGCUCAACACGCAAAGAUUGAAGCGCUUGAGUCCCAGCUCGCUGAACUGCGAAAGUCGAACGAAGCGUACACGCAGGAGAUUGCGUCGCUCAAGGCGAGUGCGAGCGCCGCGUCGAAUGAAGAAUCAUUGCAAGUGCUUCAAUUGAAGACGCUUCUAGAGGAGCAAUCCAAGCUUCUCGGGGAGCAAAAGGCUAGCUUCGAGGCUGAGCUUAUUAAGGUCGUGGCCGAAAUUCAAUCGGCGGAUGAGGCGGAGCUCCUUAAGGCCGUCGCCAAAUUACAAGGUAAGGAGCCCCCCGUGAGAUCGACCAGUGUGGAUGUCGUUACCGUCGGUGGCGCGGACUUGAAUGCCAUGCUUCGCGCUGCGCAGAUCGACUUCGAGCAGCGCGUCGUUGCAAUGAAGAAGGCGCACGUAGCGGAGUUAGAGCGCAUCAAGUCUAGUUCUGAUGGUGCUGUGCAAGCAGCUCGCGCUGAGUCUACCCGCCAGCUUGAAGCAUCGAUGCGUGAGCUUGAUGAACUCAAGUGUGCUCUCUCCGAGCGUGGUUUGGUGGAGGAUCUGUCGGGGGUCGUGGCUGAGCUCAAAAUGCAGUUGAAAACACGUUCCACCAUUGAGCUCGAACUGCGCUCGAAAAUCUCCACCGCAGAGGCAGAGCUUGAGACGCUGCGCAAUGCGCCGAAGUCUGAGCCACGGAGCGAGCCGUCGCGUGGUUUCUCAUGGCCCUUCAGGAAGAAGUCGUCUGAAGAAAACACGGAUGACGAGAGAGUCAUAGAACUUCAAUCGACGAUUGAAACGCUUGAGUCCCAGCUCGCUGAACUGCGAAAGUCGAACGAAGCGUACACGCAGGAGAUUGCGUCGCUCAAGGCGAGUGCGAGCGCCGCGUCGAAUGAAGAAUCAUUGCAAGUGCUUCAAUUGAAGACGCUUCUCGAGGAGCAAUCCAAGCUUCUCGAGGAGCAAAAGGCUAGCUUCGAGGCUGAGCUUAUUAAGGUCGUGGCCGAAAUUCAAUCGGCGGAUGAGGCGGAGCUCCUCAAGUCUACCCGCCAGCUUGAGGCAUCGACGCGUGAGCUCGAUGAACUCAAGGCAGAGAUGGCAAAGAGCGUUCCCGAAGCCGAAGUUUCAGCGGCAACAGCAGAGUUACAGAAGCAACUGGCUGAUCGUGCUAUCAUCGAGAGCAAUUUGCGCGCCCAGAUAGCAUCCGUGCAACAAAGUCUGGAGAGUUUGCAGGCCAGUAGCUCUGAUACCAACGCACAGCGUGAUGCGUUGCAAGCGCAGGUAUCCCGACUGGAAUCUCAGCUUGCCGAGAUGCAGAAGUCCAAGGAUGCGUACGACACGAAGAUUGUCGAUCAGAAGGCUUUUGCUGAUAAGCAACUCACAGAGGCUGUGGCAGAGCUGCAAAGCCUCGCAGAAAAGCAACUUGUCGAAGCUGUCGCUGAGUUGCAGACAGCUGCCAAUUCCGAAAAAGCCGCGCUCGAAGCGUCCUACCGAUCGAGCGCCGGCGAGCGACGCGCACUUUACGCUCUGAUGCGCAAUGAGGCUCUCAAGCAAUCGGCCGCUGCGAUGGUGGACUUCACCGCAGAGGUUGCAGCCGCUGAGGCGCGCUCGACUAUGUUUUGGGAGCAGAAAAUCCGAGAAGCCGAAGAGGCAAAGAGAUCUGAGAUUGCCAGUCUGAAACGCGAUUACGAAGAGAAGAUUGCGGCGCUCAGCGCCGCGAGCUCUGAAGACACUUCUAUUCGGCUUGUCCGAAUUCAACUUGCCGAAUCAAUCGAUAACGAGGCUGAGCUUAAGCGCCAACUCGAGGUGAUCAAAGCACAGCUAGGGGAGCAGGAAAGGGACGAGGUCUCCGUUGAAAGAUUCCGCAGGACCAAGAAUAUCUUCAGAGCGGUUCGAGGAUACUUUACGAACUUGCACGACGCCUCUCUUUCGCAGGAACGCGACUCACUCAAGGAGCGUUUGGCGCAGCUCGAGUCUGAGCUCGUUGAAAAGCAGAAUUUGAAUAAAUCAUUCGAACAGACGAUUCGAGACCUCAAGUCCUCAAUGACGAAUGUUGAGGAUUCGCCGCGUGACGACGAACAAAUCGAGCGGCUGAAACGUGAGCUCGCUGAGGCGACAGAAGCAUCUGAAAAGGAACUGCUGCGGGCCGUCGCUGAACUUCAAGCGAAGGCGCACGCUGACAUGACCGCGCUGCGAGUUUUGGUCAAGACGGAAGCGGAUGAACGCGUUUCUCAAGCUGAACAGUUGUUCCGUGAGGAACGGCAGGCGCUCAUGAAUGCACACAAGAUCGAGGUUCAAACGCUUGAAAAUGCCUCGAGAACGUCUCUCACUCGUGAUGAAACAAUCAAGCUUAACGAAUUCGAAGAGAUUUGGAGGGCCCGACUUGAACAGGCAGAACGCGACGCAAAAACUCAGGCAGAGAGAAGCACCGCGCAGUAUGAAGCGAACGUGAAGCGGCUUGAGGCACGUCUCAAGGAGACCGAAGAGGGCUAUGAGAUGACCAUUAAGCGACUCAACAAGGCUCUCAAACGAUCCGCCAGCGAGAACGAAGACAAACUCAGGCACGAUGUCGCACAAGCGCGAAAGGAACUGGAUGCGUUCAAGCGCAAACAAGACAAGCGCGACGGUGGUAAAUCGAAGACGGUGACUUACACUUACUCUUUCGAAGGGGAUGCUGCCGAACUCAAACGUCUCAAGAAACAGCGCGACGCGCUGCAGGAGAGGCUCGAGCGAGUUGAAGCCGAAUACGCUGCGUCGACUGAUUCGGUCACGCCAGAUUUGAGACGACGAAUCGACGAGCUGGAAGAGCAAAUGGUCGAAAUUCGCUCGCAGCACAACCAAGACAUGAAGGAGGUGGUGACUCGCAUGGAGUCGGAACAGCUUUCGGUCGAGCGCCGAUUGCAAGGUGAACUCGAUGCCGCUCGCAAGGCGCUGGAAAAAGCCGAAGCCGAUUAUGAGACUUCCAUUGACAAGGCAAAGAGCAGCGGCGGUAUUUUCUCGCGCUUGUUACGCAAAUCUUCAAGCGAAGAUUCUCCGCUGCGAGACGUCGAAGAACGGAUUCGAGAAGAAACCGAAUUGUUACAAGCUGCUCAGAAGGAACAACGCGAAUCGAAGCUACACGAGGACGAGUUACGCAAAGAAGUCGGCAACUUGAAGAUGAAACUUGCAGAACUGGGCAAAAUUUCCGCUGACGAGAUCGCGAAGCUGAAGGACACAUUGAAGGACGCUAGCGACGACGCCGUUACCACCGCUGCGUCAGAGAUCGAUUCCGUGGUAAAUAAGUAUGAGCGUCAAAUUACCGAACUUCAGAAAACGAAGGAUGAAACGACGCUUGACGCCGUUGCAAAGUUGAUGGCGGAGGAACAAAAGAAACUUGUCGCCGCAGUUGCACAACUUACGGCUGAGCGAGAUCAAGCUCUGAACGCGGCCGAGAAGAAAUAUUCCGAGGAACUCGCACAUGUCACUCGAAAGUUUACGAAAAUGCGCGACGAAGAGAGCAAAAAUCUGUCGGAAUUGCUCAGCAAACUUUCUACUCUAGAAGCCGAUCGCGAACAGUUGCGGCUUGAUGCAAACGCGUGGAAGGACCAAGUAGAAGCGUAUGAAGAGCGCAUCAAGCGCCUCGAAACUGAACGUGACGAUAUUUUAUCAAGGUUGAAGAGUAGCGAGGCCGAAUCAGCCGCUAAUCAAGAAGCCGCCGCGAAGGGAGAAGAGCUCGUCAAGGCGGUCACGAAAAAAUCACGCGAGGAUAACGAUGAGGCUGUUGCGAUGGUCGCUGAAAUCCUUCGAAAAGUGGCCAAACUCGAGGAGGAAUUAGUCGUCCGGCAAUUGGAUAGAGAUAACUGGAAAGGUAACGCUGUGGCUGCCGAAGAACAAGUGGAAAGUCUCCAGAAUGAGCGCGAAGAUCUCUUGCUUAAACUGAAUAGAGCUGAAGCAAACGAGUCAAGGCUCACUGAGAAGGAAGUGGAACUUGUCCGCGUCCUGGCGGAAAAGAAUACGGAAGUCCAGACUCUCGUGAAGAAGUACGAAGACGAUCUGCAGCGUGCCAUCGCUGCACUCAUGGCGGAGAAAACACUUGCGUAUAACGAGGAGGUACAAGCUGCCGUGUUGCGUGCGAGGGAAGCCGAAGCACUCGUCGAUUCAUUGAGACGCGACUUUGAUAAGAGCGUUCGCGACUCGUCCAAGUCACUAGUGAAGGAGCUUAAAUCACGUGAGCGUGACCUCGAAAGACAACUUACGAAGGCGCGCCAAGAAUAUACAGCGCAGGCCAGGAAGAUGGAGGAAAUCCAACUUCGGUUGGACACAGUUACGUCUGAGUACAAGGAGGCGCAGGCCAAAUGGGAGAGGUCCAUGACCAUCAUGAAGCAAGACUUCGAGCGACGCGCUCAAGCGGACAAGGUGACGUUGGAUGAGAAGAUUGCGUUUUACGAGGAACGCACUAAAGUGCUAUCGGAGGAACUCAAACUCGUGAAAUCGCAGGUGUCUGCACCGCAGAAGGCUGUUCCGGCGCCCGCCACGACGGUGGUCAAGCGUCCACUCUUCGAGUUCAACAAGGGAAAAGUCGCCGAGGCUCAAGCGAGAGCGGACGAUGCUGAAAGACAGUUGUUGGCUGCAACUUCAGAGAUGGAAGCGCUUCGAGUGCAGCUAUUAGAGGCGGAGAACAAACCCAACUUUUUUGAUCAGCUAUUCAGUGUGAUGAAAAACAAGAGGGUACAGGACGUUGAAAUGCGACUGAACGAGAUUGAACGAGCGAAGGAUGCGCAGCUGAAUCAACUGAAGGAAUCUUACGAACAAAAGAUUGUUGACUUGCAAUCUUCCACUGCUUCAGAUGAUAAGGCACGGGCCUUGCAAGCGGAGUCCAGCAAAGUCAAGGCUCUCGAGCGCGAGCUCGAGGCUGCGGCGAAGAAACUGAGCGCUUUGCAAACGGCGAGUCAGGCCGAAAUCGCGGCGGUGAAAAAGGCUGCCCGCGAGGAGUACGAUGCGAAACUUAAGGCUCUCCAAGAGAAGGUGACGAGUCUGGAGGAUCAACUCGCAAACGCAUCCAAGGUUGCGAGCGAACAGAUGGAAGCAGCGAAGAAGGCAGCCAAAUCUGAGCGCGAUAGUAUGGAAAAAUCAUUACGAGCGGAAUUAGCUGCCGCGAAGAAACUUGCGGAGGACGCAGAACGCGCCGCGAAGCGAGAGCUCGUGACAGCUCUACGCGAGGCGGAGCUGCAGGCUAAGAACGAUCUUCGAGAGCAAGCCAAGAGGCUUGCUGAGGAGCGAUCCAAGUCCGAGGCAAGAAUUCGCGAGACUUCAAAGAUGGCAACCGACAAGCUCAAGGCGAGGAUCGCCAACUUUGAGAAAAUGCUCGAUGAACGCGAAGCAGACAUUGAGGCGAGGUUUAACGCUCAAUUUGAUAAGCUCGUGGUUGAUUUCCGCCGAGAGGUUGAGAAACUUCAGAGGCAAAUUCAAGAUGCCGAGGCUCGUGCCGAUGAAAUCGCCGCUUCCAAGCCGAGUCAAGCACAGGCACCACAAGUCAUCGAAAAGAUCGUCGAAGUCGAAAAGAUCGUCGAAGUCGAAAAGAUCGUCGAGAAGAGUGUGGAAAAGGACAACUCCAGUAACGAAAUUCUCGGGAUCUUUGAGCGACAAUAA